AUGUAUAGCUUCUCAGUUGGUAACUCACCAAAAGUCUUCCCACAAGCUUCUAACGAAACAAGAGUUUGUCAAUUUCUAUGUCGCGUUGAUGAACCGAUACAGCUGUUAAAAACGCUUCUUUUAAUCUGCCUCAAAACCUACGUGUGUCAUUUGAAUUUCAUUGUUGCGGCUUUAAAUGCGAUACCAAUUCCAACAGAUUUCAAUGAUGGUUUCUAUGAAAAAUUGAUUGUUUGGAAAGUCGACGAGCACAUUCCUUCAAGAAUUGAUUUUCAACAGCUAUCGAAUGAAUUACAGGAUCGGCAUAUACCAUUGGUUUUUGUAACUGAAGUUACCCCUGACUUCCAAACUUGGGAUCUCUAUCGUGAAACGGCUCGAAACACCGGUGGUGAAUAUUUACUGCUUCCAAGUGAUCCAACGGCUCUGAGACGUGCUAUAUCAUCGGCUAUUAAUGGUGAAGAUACUCUACGGCAAGCAUUCCUUCAUUUACGAACGCAACAAAACGCAGCAGCUACUAGUCGUCCAACUGAUGCCAAUGAACAAACGCAAGGUGCAGACAACGACUUGAUUUUCCCGUUUGAUUGA